AUGCCACUUCAGUGCUCCACUGCUCCCCUCUCUGUGCUCCUGCUGUCAGUGUACUCUGCCACCUGUGCUGCAGGGUUGACUGGUAACGAGGCCAUUGUCCUUGUGAUCCUCAGGGCACCCAAGAUGAAGACAGUGAGUAACGUGUUCAUCCUGAACCCAGCUGUCACCAACAGGCUCUUCUCAUUGGUACUGCGGCCAACAUCCAAGCACCAGCUGCAGUGCCAGCCCCUUGGGGAGGGUUUCUGCAUGCUGGCACUGGCCACCAACCACUGUAACAUCUCCAAUGUCAACUUCCUGGCCGUGAUUAGCAUGAACCACUACACGGCCUAGCUGGCCACAGCACAGUCACACCCCAUACCCUGGUGAACCUACAGGGGAGCAAAGAUCACCAGCCCAUGUAUCUGGCUGGGUGUCAUGAUCCUAGCCCUGCCCUUCUUCUCCUUCACUGGCAUCUACAGCAAUGAGCUGUAGGUCCCAAACUAUGGGCUGAGCUGCCCACAGCCCAAGCAGAAGUUCAAGGCCAGCCAUAUCUACACACUGGCCCUGGGCUUUUCAGUGCCGGUGGACACCAUCUGUGUGCUCUACAUUGACCUGCCAUACAGACUUAGUUGUGCAGCUCAGAGCAAGGCCCGGAGGAAAGUGACCAUGCUAGUCCUUGUGGUGGUGCUGUCCGUGUGCCUCCCCUGCUGAACACUCUUCCACCUGUCCUAACGGGCUCUGACCACAGACCUCCCCCAAAUGUGCAUGUCAUAUAUCAUCAGCAGCCUCAGCUAUGCCAACGUGGGCCUCAACCCCUUCCUCUACGCCCCCCUGGAUGGUAGCUUCUUUGAGAAUUUUCACACCACAUUCUAG